AACUGAAAGCCAUCAAUCAGCUAACAACGCUCAUAAGUCAAAAAUCGUUCUUUCUUACGAAAUCGAAAAAUAAAAAAAAAAUUAACAAAAUGUACAAAUUGUUUGUCCUUGCUGCUCUCUUCGCCGUUGCCGCUGCUGCUCCCAGUCACUUGGUGGAAAGCCCACUUGUCUACUCCGCACCAGCAGCUGUUGCUUAUCAGGAGAAUGUUUUGGCCAAAGUUGGUUCGGUGGUGAAGAGCAUCCCAACUGCCGUCUCUCAUCAAAGCCAAUCGAUCGUCCACAGCUCUGCACAUGUUGUGGAGGAUGUUGUUGCGCCUGUUGUGAAGACCAGCUACGUUUCAGCUCCAGUGGUGAAGACCAUUCACUCUGCUCCUUUGGCUUACACCUCUUACGCCGCUGCUGCCCCAGUUGUGCACAGCUAUGCUGCAGCUGCUCCCAUCGUAAAAUCGUACGCCGCCUCUCCAGUUGUGCACAGCUAUGGUGCUCCAUUGGCUUAUGAUGCUCACUACUCAUCCUGGUAAACGGCUCACAAGGAGAACAGAAAUGGACAAAAGAUUUUGUACUUGGAAUGUGAUAUAACGAAUAACUUAGUAUUUUGUUUUUAGAAAAGAACG